UGACAAAUUCACAUUUGUAAUGCUAAGUCAAUGUACUGUAGAGACAAGCUAAUUAUAGGAAGUAUUUUCACAUUUUAAAAAAUGUAAGAAUUCCAGGUCAACGUUGUCGGUCAUAUAUCGCUGAGCUGUCAAUUUUAUGUGCGGCUGUAUUUCAUAUGUACUCGUAGACACAUUCGGUUUGUUGUAUCACUUACUGAAAGUUCUUAGGUUUCUGUAUCUAUUUCCGUUUUUGCAUGUUGUUAUUCUGAUUUAUUUAUCACCAGUACUUUUUGUUGAAUGUAGCAUAUGGACUCAGGAGUUGGUUGUGUUACGUCUACGUACACAUCUACUAACCCAGAGUUGUAUUUCCGGGAUGGUAAACGCAGAACUGAUUAUGUGCUUGCUUAUCGGUUUUCCACGUCGAAAUAUAAUGAUCAAAACCGACGCCUCCUGUUUCUCAAUGAGCUAGCAAAGCAGAAAAUAGAAAUAGAAGUUGAAGAUUCUAAUGGUAAUCUACUUGGUGCUACUGUAGCAUCAAAUGAAGAUGAAUUUUCAUCAUUAACUCUUAAACCAUCAUUUAUGCAUUUACAGGCCAAUGCACCUCUUCACCCAGGAGAAUAUUCUGAAUCUCUUAUGCCUACUUCAUCUAUUGAUUAUGCAGAACCAGAUAAACCAACAGAUACAAGUCCACCAUCGUGCAUGGAUCGUUAUCGUCACCAAGCUUUGGAUGACAAAACAAUUUUGAUGACUCCAGAUAAUUUAGUCUUUGUUAAAUUACAUGCUUCAUGGGAAGCAAUGACAUAUUAUGCAGAGUAUUUAAAAAUGCGUAAACCACUUCGUCAACUAGCUUAUGGUUGGAAACUGGAGAACCGACCACCUAAACCUUCUGUUUUAAAAGAUUAUUUUAAAUGUUUACAGUCGGACAAAAAUAUUAUCAAACCAAUCGAUUCAUGUUGUACUUGGCCAUUUUCACUGAAUAAGCAAUACUUAUUUGAUAUACCAGAAAAUAAAGAUGAAUUUUUCACUGCAGUCGAACGAGCUCUUGUCUUAGAUCAUAUUCUACGGCGUACCGGUUAUAAAUCAGAGGAUUUAGUGAAUACUGAAGAUCUAUACGAACCUAGCAUUAGUGAUAUUGUAACAAGUCAUGACCUCGCAGAUGAAAACUCGGGAUCAUCGAAUCAAGCUAAUUCAUUGUAUGUAAUGGCAACAAAAAAUCUAGGCAUAACUAAACUGAUUUCGGAUGGAAUUUUCUCAGCUGCUUAUCCAUUACAUGAGCCUGCUGGUAAUACUCUGGCGCCGACCGAAUUCAAUAAUCGAAUCUUACUUCAACGUUAUUGGGCUUCAUAUAAAAUGUUAUUUAAAUGCCAACCUAUCAGUUAUAUUCGAUAUUAUUUCGGUGAAGCUGUGGCUUUUUAUUUUGCUUGGCUUGGUUUCUACACAGCUUGGCUUUUACCAAUUGCAAUAUUUGGAAUUCUUGUUUUUCUUUUCGGUUUAUUGGAUUUAAAAUCCGACUCGAUUAUCCAUGAAGUAUGUGAUCUCGGUCACAACAUAUAUAUGUGUCCAUUAUGUAAAUCAUCUAAAUGCAAAUUUUGGACUCUGGACAGAUCUUGUUUACGUACUAAGUUAAUGCGAUUAGUGGAUCAUGAAGGGACUGUUUUAUUUGCUGUGGUUAUGUCUUUGUGGGCUGUAAUAUUUUUCGAAAUGUGGAAACGUAGGCAAGUCUCAUUUGCUUAUCGUUGGAAUGUAUACUCACUGGAACCAAUGGAUCAACCGCCGAGACCAGAAUUUAUGGCAUUACUUAGUAAAAUGUGUCCUCGUAAAAUGAAUCCUUUAAGUGGAUAUGUAGAACCAUUUAUUCCAUUUUGGCGACGUAAAGUACCAAUUAUCUUUCUCAGUUUCUCUACUGUUCUGUUAACUGUGAUGCUCACAUUAGCUUUUCUUGUUGGUGUGGUUUUAUACAAAUUAGUGAUCAAAGCAAUUUUGUAUCGUCAUCAUAAUCCUAUGGUACAAAGUACCUCUGGUAUGAUUGCUACUAUGACUGGAUCUUUAGUUAAUUUAGUGACAAUAUUCUUUUUAAAACUAAUUUAUGAUCGUAUGGCCAUUAAAUUGACUGAUGUUGAACAUCAUCGUACACAAGUGGAAUAUGAUAAUAGUUUAACGCUAAAAUUAUACCUAUUACAAUUUGUCAAUUAUUAUUCGUCAAUAUUUUAUAUUGCAUUUAUACAAGGUACAACUUCAGCUGUUCCUGGUAGUGAUCAUAUAUUAAUUCAGUCAACUGGUUGUGACCAAGGUGAUUGUCUGUUCGAAUUAUUCAUACAACUAGUUAUAAUUAUGGUUGGUAAACAAAUAUUAAGUUUCAUUCAAGAAUCUUUAAUGCCUAUUCUAUGGAAAUUAUUUUUCAAAUUUCGUUCAAUGAAACGUUCAUCUAAUCAUGCUAAUCAUAAUUAUAUGAACAGUACAAAUUAUAAUGAACAGAAUUCAGUGACUACUUCUCUUUUACCAGCAAAAUAUCGUUCGUUGCGUGGACGAAAUAUUCUAUGUCGUGCUGAUUUUAAUAUGUUAGAUCCUGGAUCUAGACCAUUGUUUAAUGAGUACUUAGAAAUGAUGAUUCAAUAUGGAUUCAUCACUAUGUUUGUCCCUGCAUUUCCACUUGCACCAUUAUUUGGUUUAUUAAACAAUCUGUUUGAGAUUCGUGGUGAUGCUAAAAAAUUAGUGAAUCAAUAUCGUCGUCCAGUUCUUGAAAGAGUUCAAACAAUUGGUAUAUGGUUGUCGAUCAUUACUGUUCUCGCAAGCAUCGCUAUUCGAACUAAUGCUUGUAUUAUUGCAUUUACUACACAGUUUAUUGACCGAUGUGUAUACCGUUAUACUUAUAGUCCAGAUGGUACUAUGAAAGGUUUUGUGAAUUUCACUCUCUCCUAUAUGUCUACAACUCGUUUUGAUGUUCCAACUAAUGAAACUUAUUGCAGAUAUGAUUCUUAUCGGUCACCACCUUGGUCUUCAGAACCAUAUGUAUUCACUUCCGUUUAUUAUCAUGUGUUGGCAGCUAAAUUCAUUUUUGUUUUUGCUUUUGAAACUAUAGCGACUAUUCUAACUAAUGUGAUCAUGGCAGCUGUACCGGAUGUCCCUAAAAGUGUUAGAAAGCAAAUAGUUCAUGAAACCAAUAUUACAAAUGCAAUUAUUUUAAAUGCAGAAGUUGGCAAUCAACAAUAUAAUAAUGCGAUUACAAAAGAUGUAAACUUUCAGAAAAUUUUCAUGUUAAAACAACAACAUGAGAAACUUCAAUCUAGUAAUUGUAAUAUUAAUAAUGAAGUGACUGAGAACAACGAUCAAGAAGGAAAUAUUGAUAGAAAUGAAAUUUGUUCUCAAUCGCUUGUUUAUAAAUAUGUGAGUUUUGAAAGGCUACCAACUGUUACACUGGUAAGUAUUUUCAUUUUGAACGGUGUAUUAUUAGCCUAUAUUCUAACAUAUUUGUUUUAAUGGCUGAAUUCAUGGGUCAAUCUAAGCUAGACCACCAUUGAAAACCCGGAAGUACUUGACGGCCGUUUCGUUCUAGUAUAGGACUCCUUGACAGUGCUCAUCAGCGAUCCCGCACUCGGGACUCAAAUCGAUUAACUUUCGUCUCGCGCGAACGCUUUACCUCUAGACCACUGAGCUUGUAUCUAAUGGUAUUACUCAUCAAUGAACGGUUGUAUUAAAACCUAUCAUAUUAGGAAGCGAUUCAGAAUUAUUAUAGUUAUCUGUAUGUGUAACACUAAUUUAUGAGUUUUAAACAUGUAUAUAAAGUCAGUUAUUUAGAAAAGCGACUUGGAUUUUACUGACAAAGAGUAUAUUUCUUUAAUAUUAUUAAAGAUAUACACAUUACUAUGAAGCCAUGAUGGAAAACUGAUUGAAAAGAAAUAUUUCUUUGCUGUAUUCGUCUCUUUACUGAGAGUAAAAAUCGUUUUAUUGAAUAUAUGUUUGCUCACAGUUAAGUAUUGUAAAUAGAAAAUUUAUGGAACAUUGCAAAAACUUCCCUUUAAUGAUAUCCCUUUUCCAUCGCAUACGUUUCAUUGUAAUCACUCCUAGUUUUCUUUUUUCGAAAAACAAAUAAUAAGGGAAUAGCUAUUAGUUCCGCUCUAGUUUGACGAUAUUAAACUUUGUGAUAAAUCUAUACUGUGAUAUGUGUAAUCAAUCGAAACUAUGAUAAGUAUCGUUAUUCAUUUAUCUUUUCGAUAAUAACGGUCAUAUUACAUCGCUAGCGUACAUUAGUCUACAAAUAUUGGUCAUCUGUUUCUAGUUCAACAACACAGUGAUAACAAGUUUGCUCUGUAGUUUAAAGGUCUUGAAUUCCAUUUCACAUGAACAAUAGUACAUUCUGGUAGAGAGCUUCAAACUAAAACAUCAGACUGUUGUUUGUCAAAUUUAGAUAGGAUUAAAUAUAUUGGACAUUUAUCUGAGGGAUUUGAAGAGAUGAGUUGAAAUCGGAUUUAUCUAGGGAUGGUUAUCAGUUAACUUCUUUACAAAUCUUUUGACUAAACACUAAGCAUUUGUUCAGUAAUGAUUGACUUUGUGAUCAGCUAUAGUUGUAGCAAGGCUGAUGUGAGCAGUAAAACAGUUACCUACUACGCUACAUCGAGAAUAGUUGGAAAUGUAGACCACUAUAUGUCUCUUCAGUGAUCUAAAUGGUAACACGCUAACCGUAGGAUUUAAGGAUACUAAGUUCUAUCCUGAAGAGGGUUGUGAGUGCACGCACAUUGCAGAGGAGUUCCAUACUAGGACAAAACGGCUGUCUACUGCUUCACAUAAGUGAUACCAAUUCACAACAUUAUACACUAUCAUUUACUUCUUUAGGUAUGUAAUGUCAGCACCUAAAAUUCACUUGUAAACAUGAAAAUAUCUCACCCUUUUACUUCUGUCCUAUCUGCUUUUUUUCUCUCUCUCUCUCUCUCUCUAUUCCUAGUCAUCACAACCAAUGCAUCUUACUGUGCCUAAUUUACAUGAUAACCGACCAUCUAUUGGAUUCGAAGAUUUAAGCAAUCAUAAUAACAAGAAUAUGAUUUAAAACCCAAACUUAUAUAAUAUGUUGUUUUUUUUUUAAUGUUUAUCCUAUUUUUUUGUUCAAUAUUGUCAUUCUUUCAUUUAAAUUAUAUAAAUAGUUAGUUUAAUUUCUUUGUUCUACUUCACUCAUUUAUUUGUUUAUCUUGCCUACUACAUAUUGUGUUGUUGUUGUUGUUACUAUUACGUAAUUUGUUUCGUUUUGUUUUCUCUUUCUAUUGAGUUAUUUGUACAUUGAUUUUUUUUCUUGGUCAAUUCAUUUGUUAUUUGUACCGAACGAGAACAAUCAUUAUUGAAGCACGGCAACGACAUUUUUCAUUUCAUAGAAUAAAAUUUUCAUUAGAAAUAUACCAUUAUUUUAACAGUUAAUAUUCUAACAGAUUUUACUAUUUUAAUGAAUCACUCACUCUCUCUCACACACACACCCACACAACCAGUCAAUUGAACAAGAUAUAUAU